AUGUUUAUAGAUUAUCUUUCUCAUAAUAUUUUAUAUCAUUUAUGUAAAUAUUUAUCAUUUAUUGAUAUUAUAAACUUAUCAAAAACAUGCAAACAAUUAUAUAUAUUAAUUGAAAAUGAUAAUUAUUUUUGGAUGAUAUUAAUUAAAAAUCAUUUUGGUUUUAAGUUAUAUAAACGUUAUGUUCAUGAAAUAUUUCAUAAUGAAAAGAAUUCAGAUGAUGUUUUAUAUCGUACGAACAAAGACAAAGAAAAAUUUGAAAAAUAUUUUGAAAAAAAUAAAGCAUUUUUUUUAUGUAUUACAUGGGUAUUCAAUAUGCUAAAUUGUAAUGAUAGUAUUGAUAGUUAUAUAGCUUAUAAAAGUCUAAUGAAACAAAAAAAAAAUCCACAUACAAAUGAUCUACGAAUGUCACUUACAAUAGAAGAAGUAUUUGAUUAUUAUUUAAAAAAAAAUAAUUCUUUAACUGAAGAAAAUAUUUUACAAAUAUCAUUUUAUAAGUUAGUUUAUUUUUAUUUAAUUGAGCUUAAACGUUUACUAGCUGUAAAUUUGUUUGGAAUAUAUUUACAUUGUUCACACAAUCAUUUAAAUUGUACUAAUAGAUUAUAUCCCAAACAAGAAGAUGAUUUAACAAGUUCAACAGGUCGAUGUGUUCGGUUAUAUACAGAUCGUUCUCGAUUUCUAGGUGGUAUUAAAGGCCAAUUCAAAUCAAUAUGGCCUGGAAUAUAUGAAAUUAUAUGUCGUAUUAAACUGGAAAAGAAUGAAGAAUAUUUAACAUAUUACAAUGAACAUUGUAGUCGAGUUCCACAAUCAAAAACAAGUGUCCAAUGCUAUUUUUAUGCAUUAGCUGAUCAUGGUCUUGAUUGUGAAUGCAACCAAAAAAAGAUGAAUUUCAAUUGGUUUGAAUCAAACUAUUUACUAUAUGGUAAUCAAAAUUGGUUCAAUGAAACAAUGGGAAAAAUAAAAGUAUUCGAAUUAUCGGAUAUUUAUUUUGGAUUUCAAAUUAAAAAUGAAUAUUUUUAUCGUAAUAUUUUACUUGAUUAUGUACAAUUAAAUAUUGUUGAAUAA